AUGCUAGGUCUUGCUGCUAACGGCGUGUCGUCGUCGCUUCCGCCGGGAAUUUCGUCUUGUCAGAAAUCUGACGUGUCAUGCAGAUUUCAGCUUCAGUCUGACGUGUCGAGAGCAUCAUCAUCCGUUUCGCCGAGCGUUACCAUUUGUGGCGAGGCGAUCAGCGAUGGACGUGCAUCUCCGUCAACGUUGCAACGACGGAAACCGUCUACGCUUUUCCGAUGCGACGGAAAACGCAAUGCAGUAGCAGCAGCAGCUGCUGCUGCUGGGGCCGGAUCAUCCGACGACUCAGAUGAGCCCGACGCUUUAGAAGCCGGCGCGUCCUCCGCGAUUGGCGCCGCGAGUGGCGGCCCCGAGGGGAAACGAUCAAGCGCGCAGACCAGCGCGCAAGCGGCGGCAGUGGAUCAGCUACUAACGGGGCCGCCCAGACGAAUAGUACCCAUAGUGCCGGACGACCAUAAGAGCGGCUACGUGGCGCUGAUAGGCCAACCCAAUGCGGGAAAGAGCACGCUGCUGAACCGCCUCAUCGGGCAGAAGCUGUCGAUCGUCACUCAGAAGCCGCAGACCACCCGCCACCGCAUCCUGGGACUCGUGUCUGCACCGGCUUACCAGAUCAUCCUGUACGACACGCCCGGGGUGCUGUCCAAGUCACUGCAUAAGCUGGACGACCUCAUGAUGCAGGCCGUGCGCACCGCUACAGUCAACGCCGAUGCUGUUGUCCUCGUUAUAGACAUCACCCAGGCGCCUCAAGAGGUAUCGAAGCUGCUACUAGAGGGGAUGGAGAGCGCAGUGGUGCAGAAGAAGCCAACCCUCAUCGUGCUGAACAAGAAGGACUCGCUCAAACCGGGGGAAGUUGCCAAGAAGCUCAAGUGGUACCAAGAGGCAGUGGCAGCGGAUGGACACAAGGUGAUCGCUCUGAGUGCCAAGAGGGGCGACGGGGUGGAUGCGCUGCUUGCGUGGAUGCUGGACAACAUUCCCCAAGGCCCCGCCUACUACCCCAAGGACGUGGUGAGCGAGCUGCCAGAGCGGUUCUUUGUGGCGGAGAUAGUGAGGGAGAAGAUUCUGCUGCAGUACGCACAGGAAGUGCCGUAUGCUUCUCAGGUGUUGGUGAGGGCGUUCAGGGAGAGGGAGAACGCAAAGGACUACAUCAGCUUAGACAUCAUGGUUGAGCGGGACAGCCAGAAGGCGAUUCUGCUGGGGAAGGAGGGCAAGCAGCUCAAGGCGCUGGCAACGGCAGCCCGGAUGGACAUUGAGGAGUUUCUGGGACGAGAGGUGUUCCUGGAGAUCCGAGUGAAGGUGAAGGAGAAGUGGAGGCAGGACGAAAUGCUGCUGAAGGAGUUUGGGCUGGAUGUGCGCAAGAGAGGCUCCUGGUACUGA